AUGUCCUUCUCGAACAGCAGCGGUGGCACACUCGCCCUACCAUCACCAACCCACGCCCACCACAUCGACGUCACAUCGGCAGUCCGCACUCUCCGACGCUCUAUUUCACGAUCACCUUCCAAGUUUUUAACGCGUUCCAACUCCCAAAACUCGCUGAGCCCCGAAAGCCCCCACCAAACCUCACCUCAAUCGCCUUGUCGUCGAUUUGGCGCAACGCCGCAAAACCAACAACUUCUACCGUCCCACACUCGCUCAGCACCUCCUCAUAUCAACGGUGCCCCGCAUUCAAGCGCUUUUACACCCUUCCGCCCCAGCGUUAGGCUCUCGUUGCGUUCCGCCAAGGCCGGUAAGACAUCGCCCUCAAGACCGUUGACACGAGCACGCGCUUCUCCUAAGAGCCCUCUCAAGAGGGCACUCAACAUGGCUCCCGAUAGCGGCAACUCACUACCUGCGGUACCUUUGGCUUCGGUUAUCGAUGCAUCAGGGCAAGAGAACAACGCUCUGGGAGCUACAAGCCCUAUCUCUGUCAGUCCCGUCAAGCGACGCAGCCUCACUCUCGACGUCGCUGGAUCCUCGCCGACCUCAUUUCUCAAGUCUCUUGAUUCCAACAAUGACGGCCAGACGGUCCCAAACAACGGGUCGUUAAAGCGCAGUGACGCAACCAUGAAUCUGGACCAACCGAGCCAGGGAAGCCCGGUGGCUAAGCGACGGAGCUUGCAUGGAAUAUCGGGGCUGGGCCAGAACGAGGACCAAAAUAUCUUUGGUGCCAAUACGACAUCUUCACAGAGCUUCUAUAUACAUGAAGACUCAUCUACCGAAUAUGAGAUUGCGGGUACUAGCGGAUCACCAUUCCGCGAUCCUGUCCCCUCACCAACACCUGCGACGACGAAUGUUCCUAAGAGGUCAUCGUCCCUACGUAAGUCAACUCUACAACAAAGAUAUGGGGAGCGAGGAUCUUGGGGAAGACGAUCCGGUGAACGACAGCUGGCUCAGAUGAGCUCCGAAUAUUCUCCUGUCCGAAGUCGACCUCGCCUUUCUCUGGACCAAUUUGUUCCUCCUCCUGUGCCUCAAGAGAGCCCCUUUGUUUCUACAACGCCGACCUCGAAACCACCACCCACUUCCUUCUUUGGCGACAAGGCCCAUCAACCACAUCCUCUAUCGAAGACACUGACGACAUCGUCUUCAGGAAACAGCCUAACCGAGGAAGCACCUAUUUAUGCUCCCGUGGCCCGGAUGCCAGAUCGACCCAGACCUCACCUUUUCUCACGAUCCCUACCUCUCAAUGCGACACGACCUACUCGCCCAAAUGACAUGUCCAAGGCCAUGGCGACACCCAGCAACUCGCAGCUGUGGGUGGGCGCUUUCAACUCUACUGGACUUAUUUCCAAGGUCAACCGAAACCCCGAAGAGGAUGCUGACAAGAAGAUGGCCCCUCCCGAUACACCAUGCAAGAAGCAUUCUAACCCGUUCGCUACUUUCCCUCCACCGGCCGGGAGUGCUAUGAAGAAGAGGGGUAACAACCGGAAUUCUUUUGGCGGUCUCCCUUCCACCCCAUUUGGUAACAGUACAGCCAGCUUUGGUAGGCCAGGAAAGGGCAUGUCGAUAUUCCAACGUGGCAGUGCUUCUAGGAGUGCACGUCGCGGCAGUGUCCUUAGCCUGGAUGGUGAUGAGCACAAGCUCUUUGGUGAAACGAUUGACUUUUCGACACCCAUGGAAGGCGACGCCCCCCCUACUCCAACCAAGAACACUUUAACUCCCAGCCUUAGCAAGGUCAGCGAGUACUCAUUUGAGAGUCCCCAUGAUAACCAUAGCCCGACUGCCAACCGAACAUUACACUCUACUACUCCGGUCCUCGGCACCUCUGUCCCUCGAGAAGCAACUUGUAAGUCGGAAGUCCCAACAACUGACGGACCAGCUGGAAAAGUCGACAAUCCAAGUCGGCUUCCCGAUGCUGGACGUCUGUAUUCCCCAUCUUCGCAUCUGCCUCUGUCUUCGUUUGGCCGUUCCAGGGCUCGACGAGGAUUACACUCUCCUUCUCCACUAAGCACAGUUUCUUUGAGUCAUUCCCUCAGCUCUCCUCAUGAGACAUUUACUAAAUCGAAACUCUGUGAAUCAGCCAGCCCUCUUGAUGGACGACGAACACCGCAGACCCCACGCGAGAGUUUGCUGCCUCUCGACACCAGCCGAUUGUCUAUUUCUCAGAUUGGCGAUGGCUUCUCUGAUAACAUGCCACCUCCCGUCACCCCAACAGCAGGACGGGACUUGCGAUCAUCUACCAGCCUCCUUGUUACUCCUGUGAACGCCCGUACUAGUAACAUUGACAUUGAUGCAAGCCUGUCCUCCCGAUUUGACAAAGUCGAGCAGAUUGGAAAGGGUGAAUUCUCUGUUGUCUAUCGUGUCACUCAGGCGGACCAUCAAAUGACAUUUGGCAACCUCAGUACAACCCCGACAACAAGCCCCACUAAGGGCAGAGUCUAUGCUGUAAAGAAGAGCAAGCAUGCGUUCCAGGGACCGAAGGAUCGGGAUACAAAGGUCCGAGAGGCCGAAAUUUUGAGGACUCUUAGCUACUCUGAGCAUGUGGUCCAGUACUUCGAUCAUUGGGACUACAACAACCAUCUCUAUAUUCAAACAGAGUACUGCGAAGAGGGUACCCUCGACAAGUUUCUGGGCACUGUUGGACGAGGUGGACGACUAGAUGACUUUCGCAUCUUCAAGAUUCUCCAGGACCUGUGCUUGGGUCUGAAGGAUAUUCAUGAUGCAGGUUUCAUGCACUUGGAUCUCAAGCCGGCCAACAUUCUUGUCACGUUCGAAGGUGUUCUCAAGAUUGGUGACUUCGGCCUAGCCCAAUCCUGUUCAUCUGCCGAAGGCGUGGACGUUGAGGGCGAUCGUGAGUAUAUGGCCCCGGAGAUGCUCAAGGGCAAAUCCUGCCAGUCCGCAGACGUCUUCUCCCUUGGUCUCAUCAUCCUUGAGACAGCCGCCAACGUUGUCCUACCUGACAAUGGACCUACGUGGAUCGCCCUCCGCUCUGGAGAUCUUUCCGAAGUGCCAAGUCUCACCUGGAAUCCCUCUAUCGAGGUCCAGCGAGAUGCCACUGGUAACCCUACCGAGAUUAUGCAUAGCGAUGAUUUCACAAGUGGCAAGACACACGACCCAAGCAACUUGUUUGGCCCAUCCAAGCGAUCGGAACUACUGCAACCUCCUGAGUUUAUGGUUAACGCCACCCACAACAGCUCUCUCGACUUGAUUGUACGAUGGAUGACAGCUCAAGAGCCCAGUGAGCGACCCACUGUGCAUCAGGUUCUGGAACUUGAGGGCCUGCAGUGGGUUGGCCAUCACCGCGCCGCACCGGCAACUGUUUACGAAGGAAACUGGGGACCUGAUGAGGAGUUGAUCCCUAUUUCCAUCGCAGAGGGUGGUGACAGUGACACAGAGAUGACCGACGUCUAG